CUAAUGGAGAAAUGAAAAAAGGCAUCGCCAUCAUCUCUAAGUCCACUUCUCUUAUUUUAAAUCGAUCAUCGUCUCUUCUUCAUUGAUCAUUUGAGUUCAGUAAUUUCUUCUUCGAAUAUUGAUCAGAAAAAAAUUAAUCGAAGCGCACAAAUAAAUAUGGAUUGUUCUAUAUGUAGCGCGAUGCCAUUUAUUUUAAGGCCACCAAGAAAUACAAUAUGUGCAGCUUGUUACGAAGGAGCUAGAACAAUAAUUACGUUGACUACCAACAAGGUUGAUCAUGUUGAAAAUACAAAAGGAAGUGAUAAUAAAACAAUAACUGGACUUCUUUCUGCUUCUUCAUCCAAUCCAUCUAUUAAGGGAUUUGGAAAUGCAUUGAAAUGGGUGAAAGAAAUGAAGGAGAUGGAAGAGGAAUCAAAGGAGAAGCUGAAUUAUCUUAGUGGUUUUGUUGUUGCCUUAAGAGAUCAUAUUCAUACUGAUAUUUUAAUUAAACCUGGCAAUGAUGCUCCUUCUAUACCAGCACAUAGAGCUCUUCUGGCAGCAAGAUCUGACAUAUUCAAAAACAUACUGGACUCAGAUGGAUGUAAAGCUCCACCAAGUAACAACACGAUAACGUUGUCUGAACUAAACUACGAUGAAUUAGAGUGUCUAUUAGAGUUCCUGUACAGUGGAGAUUUGGCUAAAGAGAAGGUGGAAAAACAUGUAUAUUCCUUGUCAAUUGCAGCAGAUAAGUAUGAGAUUCCCUUCUUGCAGAAAUUUUGUGAGAAUCAAAUGUUGGGAUCAUUGAACACAUCGAAUGCUCUCGACGUUUUAGAGAUAUCUGAUACUUGUUCUAAUACGUCGUUAAAGGAGACAGCGUUAAACUUCAUUGUUAAAAACAUGGAGGAUAUUGUGUUUACUGCUAGAUUUGAUGCAUUUGCACUCAAGAAUCCUCAUUUAACUGUACAAAUUACUAGGGCUUCUUUUAUAGACAUUAAAAAUAGAAGGCUUACUGUUUGAUUA